UACACCAAAUCUUUGCCGCGUGGCAAUGCCUACACUCGUCAAUCCCGACCCAUACAUAUAACGCCAGCAAAACUGAACAGAGAGAAUGAGUAUACGGAGCUUUGCCAAAAAACUGAAUCCAAAUCCAAUCUAAUUUCUGAAGACAGCAAUAUCCAGAUAUGGCACAAGCAGAAGAGGGAACGGGACGUUCCAAACUUGCAAGCUGUGACGCCUAUUUUGAGACAAUUCAGUCCAGGAAGAAGUUACCACAAGCAUUGCAGGAGACUUUAACUUCUGCAUUUGCAAGAAUUCCUGUCUCAUCAUUCCCACUAGUUUCUGGCGGCAAAGUCAUUGAAAUUCCAGCGGAAACUUCCAUUGCUGAUGCUGUCAAGAUUUUAUCUGAAUGCAACAUUAUGGCUGCUCCUGUGAAAAACCCAGAUGCAGGAACGAGUUCGGAUUGGAGACAUAGGUACCUAGGAAUUAUAGAUUACUCGGCAAUUGUUCUCUGGGUGUUAGAGAGUGCAGAACUUGCAGCUGUUGCUUUAUCAGCCAGUACUGCAACAGCUGCUGGUGUGGGCGCUGGAGCUGUUGGUGCUCUUGGAGCUGUAGCAUUGGGCAUCACUGGUCCAGCUGCAAUCGCUGGACUAACUGCUGCGGCUGUUGGUGCUGCUGUAGUUGGUGGUGUGGCUGCAGAUAAGGGGUUGGGAAAAGAUGCUCCCACAGCUGCUGACAACUUGGGGCAGGAUUUCUACAAAGUUAUCCUUCAAGAAGAACCCUUUAAGUCAACCACUGUGAAGUCAAUAAUCAAAUCAUACCGCUGGGCUCCUUUCCUUCCAGUUGCAACAGAUAGUUCAAUGUUGAGCGUCUUACUUCUGCUCUCAAAAUAUAGACUGCGAAAUGUACCCGUGAUUGAACCAGGAAACCCUGAUGUUAAGAACUUUAUUACCCAAUCUGCAAUUAUUCAGGGUCUGGAGGGGUGCAAGGGAAGGGAUUGGUUCGAUUGUAUUGCUGCACGACCUAUUUCAGAUUUUGGACUUCCUUUCAUGUCUCCCAAUGAGGUUGUUAGUAUCCAGAGCAAUGAGCUGAUUUUAGAAGCUUUCAAGCAAAUGAGAGAUCAUCAAAUUGGCGGUCUUCCAGUUGUAGAGGGGCCAAAGAAGGAAAUUGUGGGGAAUUUAAGCAUAAGGGAUAUAAGGCAUUUGCUACUGAAACCAGAACUUUUCACAAAUUUCAGGCAGCUCACAGUAACAGAUUUCAUCAAAACCAUCAGCUCAACUCGAGAAAUUGGCAGAGUCGUCCCGCCAAUAACAUGCAAGCUAAAUGCAAAUCUUGGUAGUGUGAUCCAGAAUAUUGCUUCAAAGUCAGUUCACAGGAUUUAUGUGGUUGCGGACAAUGAUAAUGAAGUUGUUGGCGUGAUUACUCUUAGAGAUGUGAUCUCUUGUUUCGUAUUCGAGCCCCCAAAUCAUUCUGAUAUCUACUUUGGGUUCUCAGCAAAAGAAAUGUUGAAUUAUUGAUAAUUCUGCUCUUGACAUCUAUAAUAACUUCUGGUGAUGCAGAAUGCAACGAGACCUUCUAAGAGACUAGUAAUGAGUCAGUUGAAGCUGUUUUGUCAGUUAUCGCUGGAUGUAAUUCUUUCUUAUGCAACUCCAAUCGAACUGUAUCCUGGCAAUUUUCUUAAUCCUCCAUCUUUCGUUA